AACUGCAAAUCCUUCAUAAUUUAUUAGUGUUAGACCGGUCCAACACCGUACAGUGAGUGACCUCCAGGAAAAUUUCGACAAAAUUUAGAUUUGGCGUAAAUUUGGGAAAAUUGUCAAAGAUGGCGGGUCACCACGUACUAUCAGUGCUAAUAUUUGUGACGUGUAUAGUGUGUUACUAUAACAGUUGUCAGUGCGGAUUUGUGUUCGAUGAUAUUAGUGCAAUAAAGGAGAAUCGGGAUCUGAGACCUCAUACGCCACUCAAGAAUGUCUUUCUCAACGAUUUCUGGGGCACUCCCAUGCAUAAGGAGCAAAGCCACAAGUCCUACCGUCCGCUGUGUGUGUUGACAUUCCGCUGGAAUUAUAUGCUACACCAGCUUGAGCCAAUGGGAUAUCACCUUGUCAACAUGCUCCUACAUGCUCUUGUUUGCCUCAUCUACUUCAGUUGCGAGUGAGCGACGUCCAAUACUUUGUGCGAUGGGCUUUCAACGGCAAGGCGUCGCUUCUGCAUCACACGUGGACAGCCGACGCCACUCGACGCCUGGGCGUUCUCACUCUAACCACUGUCUCACUUCUGCUAGUCAGGCUGCAGGUUAUGGGAUCCAAAUUGCCUGUCUUCACUAGAUUCGACAACCCAGCCAGCGUGGCGCCAUUCCCCGCCCGGCAGCUUUCCUACAACUAUCUGCUGUCAGUGAACAUGUGGCUGCUGCUGUUUCCCUGCGAGCUGUGCUGUGAUUGGACAAUGGGCACCAUCCCCCUCCUCCACACACUGGCCGACACUCGCAACUCGGCCACACUCGCCCUCUACCUCGGCCUCGCUCUCCUCCUGCAUCACGCCUCCACCACCAACAAUCGCCAUCAGGCCACUGUCAUCAUAAUGAGCUUGGCGUUGCUGAUUCUGCCAUUUUUGCCAGCUUCGAACCUGUUCUUCCCGGUUGGCUUCGUGGUGGCAGAGAGAGUGCUCUACAUGCCAUCCAUGGGCUUCUGUAUGCUGGUGGGCUACGGCUGGAGUGUGCUCAUCGAGAAACGACUGGGCAAACUAGCAUGGCUAGGCCUGGCCGUGGUUCUGGUGUCACACAGCUGCAAGACUUGGCUGCGCAACCAGGAGUGGGAGUCGGAGUACACCAUUUUCAUGGCAGGUCUCAAGGUCAACCAGCGCAAUGCCAAGCUGUUCAACAACGUGGGGCAUGCCCUCGAGGUGCAGGGCCGCUUUCAAGAGGCCCUUGCUUACUUCAACAAGGCUGUUAGUGUACAACAAGACGACAUAGGAGCGCACAUAAAUGUUGGCCGAACCUACAAUCAUCUGAAAAUGUUCAAAGAAGCUGAGGAUGCUUAUUUGAGAGCGAAAUCGCUUCUACCGAAAGCCAAGCCUGGGGAGUCCUAUCAAGCGAGGAUUGCACCCAAUCAUCUCAACGUGUUUCUCAAUUUGGCCAACCUUAUAGCUAAGAAUGCAACCCGGCUGGAAGAGGCUGAUAUGCUCUAUAGACAAGCCAUCAGCAUGCGAGCCGACUACACGCAGGCCUAUAUAAAUCGGGGAGAUGUGCUGUUGAAGCUAAAUAGAACCAAGGAAGCUCAACAGGUCUACGAGAGAGCUCUAUUCUAUGACAGUAAUAAUCCUGAUAUUUACUACAAUUUGGGUGUAGUGUUUCUGGAGCAAGGCAAGGCGUCACAGGCAUUAGCCUAUCUGGACAAGGCUCUGGAAUUCGACCCGGAACACGAGCAGGCUCUGCUCAAUUCGGCCAUACUGCUACAGGAGUUGGGCAGGGAGGAGCUUAGGAAAGUGGCCAGGGAGAGACUUUUGAAACUGCUGCAUAAGGACGCAACCAAUGAACGCGUCCACUUCAACCUGGGCAUGCUAGCUAUGGACGACGAGACAGUAGGGGACGCUGAGCACUGGUUUAGAAGGGCCAUCCAGCUGAAACAGGACUUCAGGGCGGCCCUGUUCAACCUGGCCCUUCUGCUGGCCGACUCGCACAGGGCCCUCGAAGCGGCGCCCUUCCUCAACCAGCUGGUCGCCCAUCAUCCCAACCAUGUCAAGGGCCUCAUUCUGCUCGGAGAUAUACUCAUCAACUACCUUAGGGAUCUCGAUGCUGCUGAGCAGUGCUACCGACGUAUCCUGGAGCUAGAACCGGACAACAUACAGGGUGUUCACAACCUGUGCGUUGUAUUCGUGGAGAGAGGCCACCUGCUGGAGGCUGAGGCAUGCCUCAAGAGGGCACACCGCAUGGCGCCUCAUGAGGACUAUGUGCUGAGGCACCUCAAGAUAGUGCAGAGCAGGGUGGCCAAGAUGGGCAGGGGCGUGCCCCCAAGUCAGGGCGUGCCCCUCACUCAGGGGCGCAAUGGGAGUCAGGAACAGAUGCCUGAAUUCAGCACACAACUACUGUCAGAAGACAGCACAAAAGAGAAUCAAGAAGGAAGAGGAGGUGAAGAAGAGGAGGAGAUGGAAGAACAGAGAAGAAGUAAAGAAACAACGGAGAGAGAUAAUGAGUCUGAUAAACUUCAACAACAUGAAACAACAACAUCCAAAGUGAGUUCAACAACAUCAAAUUUGGGGCAAAACCCGACACCAAAAAAGGGUGAUAGCUCGUCAAAUUUUGGGCAUAGUUCAAGAACAACAUCAAAAGAAGGGCAUAGCUCUACAGUAUCUGCAACAAAAUUGAGUCAUAACUCAGAAACGACAUCAAAAUUGAGUCAUAGCUCAACAAAUCCAUCAAAAUUGAGUCAUAACUCAGAAACAACAUCAAAAUUGAGUCAUAGCUCAACAAAUCCAUCAAAAUUGAGCCAUAAUUCAGAACAACAUCAAAAUUGAGUCAUAGCUCAACAACAACAGCAUCAAAAUUGAGUCAUAGCUCAACAAAUCCAUCAAAAUUGAGUCAUAACUCAGAAACGACAUCAAAAUUGAGUCAUAGCUCAACAAAUCCAUCAAAAUUGAGCCAUAAUUCAGAAACAACAUCAAAAUUGAGUCAUAGCUCAACAAAUCCAUCAAAAUUGAGCCAUAAUUCAGAAACAACAUCAAAAUUGAGUCAUAGCUCAACAACAACAGCAUCAAAAUUGAGUCAUAGCCCAACAAAUCCAUCAAAAUUGAGCCAUAAUUCAGAAACAACAUCAAAAUUGAGUCAUAGCUCAACAAAUCCAUCAAAAUUGAGUCAUAACUCAGAAACAACAUCAAAAUUGAGUCAUAGCUCAACAAAUCCAUCAAAAUUGAGUCAUAACUCAGAAACAACAUCAAAAUUGAGUCAUAGCUCAACAAAUCCAUCAAAAUUGAGUCAUAACUCAGAAACAACAUCAAAAUUGAGUCAUAGCUCAACAAAUCCAUCAAAAUUGAGCCAUAAUUCAGAAACGACAUCAAAAUUGAGUCAUAGCUCAACAAAUCCAUCAAAAUUGAGCCAUAAUUCAGAAACGACAUCAAAAUUGAGUCAUAACUCAGAAACAACAUCAAAAUUGAGUCAUAGCUCAACAACAACAGCAUCAAAAUUGAGUCAUAGCCCAACAAAUCCAUCAAAAAUGAGCCUUAACUCAAAAUCAUCAGCUGGUAACCUUGACAACCAUAUAACCAACAAACCUAGUGACUUAGCUAGCGACGCUGGGUCACUAGUGACUGAAAAAGAGUCACAAGUGACGCCGAAAGUCGCUAAGCAACCGCUCAGUCAGUUGCCAGUUGCUAAGCAACCACUGCCGGUUGCCAAAGAGAUGGUGAAACCCAGGUUGCGUAAAAAUGAAGCAAAGCAACCUGAGGUAUCUUCUUCCUCCUUGUCUUAGCGGAGAGCCUGUUUCAACAAUAAAGUCGGAUAAGUUUUGAAAAGUUUGCAACUCUUGUUACUGUCUGAAGAGAAUUUAUGCAAUUUAAUAUUAUUUAUAUCUUUGAGUAGAUUGAAUAGUAUCAUGUUUUUCACUUUUAUCUUGAGGACUACUCUGAUUUAUCUAAUAAGGGUACUUAAGCUGCA